CUGGCACGGUACUUCAGCUGUUUUUUUGUUUUUUGUUUUUUGUUUUUUACAUUAAUUAUGAAAGCAGUCAUAUGAUAACCCACACAUUUCCCCCCUUCUUUUUCUUUAUAAUAAUUCAAGUGGAGCAUAACAAUGUGAUGUGGGAAGUCAGUUUUUUUAUGCGCUCUGGCAGCUUAUAGCCUCAAACCAAUGUAUAAAGUUUGUGUAUGUCGCUCCUCACCGAGUCACUAGCGCUGCGGGCUGAGAGACGGAUAAAGCGCUGCGCCAGGAUCCGACCGAGAGACUUCACUCGACGACUUAUCUUGUGGAUAAAUAUUUAACUUUCCUGCAUAUCAUAUUUGUCAAGAACAUCUGAUGGAGUCUUUUAAUAUCCUGAUUUUUAUAUUUCCCUUUUUUAGUGUCUUUGUCAGCAGGAGGAGAAGAGGAUGACCUGGAACUACCGGAGGUCAGGAUAUAUUCAUACAGCCAAAUAACAGAAGGAGAGGGCUAAAAAUCUGAACAUUUGCACAAAGAAAUGUUCCUCUCCUAUAUUUUAAUGUUUGGAUGGAUCUAGGACACCUGUGCGCAAACCACACCCCUCCUCAUCGAAGAGCCAGUCCUCCUAUCCAAAGACUUCAUCCUGCACCAAUGGGCAUUCAGCUGGAUUACCGUCAUCCUCUGGCACCCUUACUGUCUGACGUUAUAACUGGAGUAAGAGCGGAUUUAUUGUCUGGAGAGGUUGGAACGGUUUUCCAAUCCUGAGCAUCACACAGCCAAGAUGAAUUCCAAAGUAAGGGUGCUCCUUUUUGUCCUGUCUGUGACAGGCAUGUGUGUGUUUUGGAGAGCAUAUUUGUUACCUUACUCCCCGCCUCAGCUGGAAAGCCCCUGCGCUUGUGAGCGAUGUUUAUCUGAAAAGGAUCAAUGGUUCACACAGCGUUUCAACAAAUUUGUUGAACCGUUUUUGUCAGCAAACUACAGUCUCUCAGAGGACGCUUUCAACUGGUGGAAGCACCUACAGACUGAGAGGCGCAACUUCACUACCUACAGAAAAACAGUGAACAGGAUGUUUCAGAUGUUAUCACCCAAACCAGAUGUUGUAGAACCCAGCCCUGACCGCUGCAGGAGUUGUGCCGUGGUGGGGAAUUCUGGGAAUUUGAGGAGAUCACAUUAUGGACCUCUCAUAGACUUCCAUGACAUUAUCAUAAGAAUGAACACUGCUCACACGAAGGGCUAUGAAGCAGAUGUUGGGACCAGAACAACUCAUCGUAUCAUGUAUCCAGAAAGCGCUGUGGAUUUAGAUAGCACCACUCAUCUUGUGCUGGUUCCAUUCAAGAUACAGGAUAUCGAGUGGGUCACCAAGGCCCUCACUACAGGAUUUACUGGAAAAUCAUAUAUGCCAGUAAAAUCAAAGAUCAAAGCUAACAAGGAUUUGGUAAUGGUGGUCAAUCCGGCUUUUAUGAGGUAUGUCCAUGACAUAUGGCUUGGAAAGAAGGGCAGGUAUCCAUCCACAGGCUUUAUGGCUUUGAUUCUUGCUCUGCAUAUUUGUGAUGAGGUCAAUGUUUUUGGUUAUGGAGCAGACAGUGAAGGAAACUGGAGUCAUUACUGGGAAAAACUGGGGAACAGACACUUAAAAACUGGUGUACAUCCUGGAAAUCAUGAAUAUGGAAUUAUCGAGGAGCUAGCUGCACAACAAAUAGUCACUUUUUAUAGAGGGUGGUGAUCUUUCUACCAACAUUUCAAGUAUUUAAGCCUUGACAGAAAAUUUUUUUAUAAAGCAAAACAAGACUAUGAAGCAGAGGACUUCCAACUCAAGAGACAUUUUCUUCUCUGACUGACUCCCUUGCACACAGUAACCCUUUAUAGACUAAACUGUAAAUGGUGAAUCCUCCAGGAUCUAUGAAGAGUGAACUGAAACUACACGUAUGAUGAAUGUGACUGAUGCAGUCGAUGGUGCUUUGUGCCUGUUUUUCAGUGUGUUUUCUAUGUUUAUUUAUUCUCAGUUUGUGAUGUUGGACACUGCAAUGCACAUCCUAAAUGAACGAGUUCUUCAGGCUAAGAAAUGUUUGAAAAGAAAUUUGGUAGGUAUGGCACCAUGUUACACUG